UACACACAAAAUCAUCUCUCUCUCUUUUCAUAUUCUGUCGUUUUUUCUUUUGGAUUUCUUGGAGAGUUUUUUUUUUUUUUUUCUAUUUUUGAAAAGUGGAAAAUUAGGAUUUGUUAAUUCGUGGUUAGUAGAAGAUGAUGUAUGAAAAGCAACAUGUGCAAAUGAGGAUGGAUUUGAUCAGGAAUAAUAAUAAGAGUAGUAGUUUUAGUAAUAUGAAGAAGGAGGAGAAGAAAACCUCCAUAGAAGAAGAGAGAUUUGAAAUAGUGGAUUUCAGUGGCUUGUCUUUAGAGACUCUCCCUAGUCCAUCUCUAAAUCUUGGAAUUGUUUCCAAGCUUGACCUCUCCAACAAUAAUCUUCAGAUCAUACCAGAGUCGUUAAUUGCAAGAUUAUUAAAUGUGGUAAUAUUGGAUGUGCACUCGAAUCAACUUAGAUCACUUCCGAACUCGAUUGGUUGUUUGUCCAAGCUAAAGGUUUUGAACGUUUCUGGAAACCUUAUUGAAUCACUUCCCAAAACUAUUGAAAAUUGCAGAAGCCUAGAAGAUCUGAAUGCCAACUUCAACCAACUGAGAAAGCUCCCGGACACCAUAGGAUUCGAGUUAACAAACCUAAAGAAGCUCUCAGUGAACUCCAACAAGCUCGUCUUCCUUCCCUACUCCAUAAGCCACCUUACCAACCUCCGUAUCCUCGAUGCCCGCCUAAACUGUCUUCGCUCCUUACCGGAAGACCUAGAAAACCUAAUCAACCUCGAAACCCUUAACGUCAGCCAGAACUUUCAGUACUUGGAAACCCUACCUUACUCGGUUGGCCUCCUCCUCUCACUAGUUGAGCUCGACAUCAGCUAUAACAAGAUCACCUCCUUGCCCGACUCCAUCGGCUGCCUACGCAAGCUCCAGACACUCUGUGUUGAUGGCAACCCGCUGGUGUCGCCACCCAUGGAAGUGUUCGAGCAAGGGCUGCAUGCGGUGAAGGAGUACAUGAGCGAUAGAAUGAACAAUGGUGGUGCCAGUAAUGGGUCUAAGAGUAAGAAAUCUUCUUGGGUUGGGCGACUUGUUAAGUAUGGGACUUUCAACGGACGAUCUCAGAAGACUAGUAGUAGUAGUGGUGCUGGUAGUCGCCAUCGUCACAGUCAUGAUGGAGAAGCGUUCAUGCCUGAAUAUCGGACCAUUGAUGGCAUAGCUUCGCCUAGUUAUUUGGGGAUGUUCUCUCCACGCCGUCUAUUCUCAUCUCCUCGUCAUUCUUUCAGCAGAUAGAGAGAGCUGCAUGCAUGUGCUAUGAUAAGUGGCCUGUUUUUCUUUCGUAUAAUAUAUCGUUGAUGAUGAAAUUGUACUGUUUUGUGCACGUGUCAACAACAUGUUAUGAAUUGUGCCGAGAGUUCAUUAUCAUUGGGGAUAUAUAUAUGCUCAUGAUUAUUAGUAGUAUUUGGUCAUUAGGUUUUUGUGUGUGGUGUUGUUGAUAUUUCGUGAUUAUUGUAAUAAUGGAUAUUGUUGGAUGUUCGUGAUGUUCUUUUAAAAA